AUGGACGCUGCCACCGAGCGAACGAGCCAACGUGUGGUGCUGGACGGCGUGCUGAGUGCCGCACGCUGCGCCCGGCUUGCCUGGCUGCUGCGCGCGCUGGCUCACACAGGGUACCGGCCCCAUGUAGAGUCCCUGAACACAUGGGAGGUCGCGCGCUGCGACCCGCGGCUGCUGCCGCAGCUGGUCGCCGCACGCCAGGUGGUGCUGCAGGCGGUGGAGCAGGCGUUUGGCCGCGAGGCGGAGCUUUACAUAGAGUGGAGCGGGCUCGUGGCUUGGGGCGCCGGCAGCGGCAUCGACUGGCAUGCUGACAAUGCAAGGGACUACCUUCGCCAGCGCGUCAUAUCUGCGGUGCUGUACCUGAACGACCAAGGCGCCAACUUCCAGGGCGGCUCCCUGCUCUUCAAAGAGGGCGAGCCCCGCGCCGUCGCGCCGCGCGCGGGACGGCUGGCCGCGUACGGCUCCGGCGAGGCGGACGCGCACGGGGUGGAGCCGGUGGCGCGGGGCGUGCGGCACACGUUGACCGUGUGGCUCACGGAUGACCCGGCUCACAGCGAAGACCGCAAGGCAGGUGGCGGUAGCCGGGAAGGCUGGCCCUAA